AUGGCAUCAACUAAGUUCUUCCUAGUAGCCCUCAUAGUGGUGGUAGCAUCUUUGCAGCUGAUGGAAGUCGAAGCUACAGAAUGUCCAGACCUGAAACAUCCUUACGGCAGCAGUUCGAUGUGUGAUAAGGAGUGCGGCAGGUUCUGCUCUCUUCAGAACUGCGCUAAGAAGGCCUGCAACAAAGGAGACUGUUCUUGCAAGAGAAAGUAG